AUGACCGGUGCAAGAAAAGGAGAGGACUUGCAGCAGCUUGAAGAUGCAUUCAAGGCUGUAUUGCACUGUGCGGCCAAAGACGAUGACGAUUGGGUGAAGCUCACGGGUACGCUGAUGAGCGACAUAGUCUCAGCCAAUAGGAUUCGGUUGGACAAGAAACAGAUGGACGAUAUCGGCACCUCUCUUUCGAACAUGUUGAGCACAUCGGAGGCAAAGAACAGCUUGAAGGGGAUCACCUCGUUGCAAAAACGAUUCCUCAGCAUCGAUAAUCGUGCUCUUGACCUGAGCGAUGAGAACUGGAAAGUCUCUUGCAUAGACACUUCUCAUUGUUUGAGGAAAGAUCGCGAGGCAAGAGAGCACAGUUUCAGCGUGAGUGGGCAAAAUGCGGCGUUUCCAAAGGCAAUAACGCCGAGACCUCGGACUGAAGCAAACUGGUGGGAAGGAACACAGCGAACUACUUCAGUUGGCAUCCCCCGCCACACUGAUAUUUUGCAAGUCCUCGUGGAAGAAGUCGAUGAAGAAAACGACAAGACAACCGAUGAGGCUCAAGCUCCUUCAGGCAAGCGAUCUAGGGGCAAGAAAAAUCAAAACGAGGAGGAGGGAGGGAAGCAAAAGAAGCACAGAGUGAAUGAUGCAGCAAGUGCCGGUGCGGAGCAAGCUCUUGCCAAAGAAGGUCAUGUCUGGAGGAGGAAUAAGAGGAUGAGGGAGAGGAAAUCUGAGAGGAUCGCAGCAGAAGAUAGCGGAUCAGCUUCUAAGCCUGAGAGCUUUUCUGACGCCCCUGCGAGUAGCUCAUUGCAUCUCAAAACUGUCCCUGGCCUGAUCGAGCUCGUCGAAACCUCUCGACACUUGAACGAGGGGGCUAAGCGUGCGAUCAUUGAUUUCAUCCGCGGCGUGCGAGUCAAUCCGUUCCCUGAUCAGCCGCCGCUUCUCAGCUUUACGCUGCGAUCGGAGAGGCUGGAUGGAAAGAUUGAGAGCAUCUUGCUGGAGAUCAACUAUGAUACUGGAAGUUGGAAGGAAUUUGCUAGUGCGUCAGCGUCUGCUAUUCUUAUUGGCUUUGUAGGUUCACCGAAACUCCUCCGAGGACAACGCAUGAAGUAG